AUGAUGGAAAUAGCCAAUGUGAGUUCUCCAGAAGUCUUUGUCCUCCUGGGCUUCUCCGCACGACCCUCACUAGAAACUGUCCUCUUCAUAGUUGUCUUGAGUUUUUACAUGGUAUCAAUCUUGGGCAAUGGCAUCAUCAUUCUGGUCUCCCAUAUGGAUGUGCACCUCCACACACCUAUGUACUUCUUUCUUGCCAACCUCUCCUUCCUGGACAUAAGCUUCACCACGAGCAUUGUCCCACAGCUCCUGGCUAACCUCUGGGGACCACAGAAAACCAUAAGCUAUGGAGGGUGUGUGGUCCAGUUCUAUAUCUCCCAUUGGCUGGGGGCAACCGAGUGUGUCCUGCUGGCCACCAUGUCCUAUGACCGCUACGCUGCCAUCUGCAGGCCACUCCAUUACACUGUGAUUAUGCAUCCACAGCUUUGCCUUGGGCUAGCUUUGGCCUCCUGGCUGGGGGGUCUGACCACCAGCAUGGUGGGCUCCACGCUCACCAUGCUCCUACCGCUGUGUGGGAACAAUUGCAUCGACCACUUCUUUUGCGAGAUGCCCCUCAUUAUGCAACUGGCUUGUGUGGAUACGAGCCUCAAUGAGAUGGAGAUGUACCUGGCCAGCUUUGUUUUUGUUGUCCUGCCUCUGGGGCUCAUCCUGGUCUCUUACGGCCACAUUGCCCGGGCCGUGCUGAAGAUCAGGUCAGCAGAAGGGCGGAGAAAGGCAUUCAACACCUGUUCUUCCCACGUGGCCGUGGUGUCUCUGUUUUACGGGAGCAUCAUCUUCAUGUAUCUCCAGCCAGCCAAGAGCACCUCCCAUGAGCAGGGCAAGUUCAUAGCUCUGUUCUACACCGUAGUCACUCCUGCGCUGAACCCACUUAUUUACACCCUGAGGAACACGGAGGUGAAGAGCGCCCUCCGGCACACGGUAUUAGAGAACUGCUGUGGCUCUGCAGGCAAGCUGGCGCAAAUUUAGAGACUCCAGUGCCUUCCGAGAAGGAAGAUCAAGUUUACAUCGAGCAAAGUGACCUUGGAAGACAGGGCACUUGGGAUGUCGUUUUU